AUGUCCAAGGACGACGUGGGCUGCAAGCUGACCUCAGUCUACAAGCACAAGGAGAGGAAGCCGAAAAAGCCCCACUACAUCCCGAGGCCAUGGGGCAAGCCAUACAACUACAAAUGCUUCCAGUGCCCCUUCACCUGCAUGGAGAAGUCCCACCUCUACAACCACAUGAAGUACAGCCUGUGCAAGAACUCCCUCUCCCUCCUCAUCGAGUCCGACUGGCCCUACAAGAAGGGCAACCUGCUCCACCCGGAGCUGCGGCUCCUGCACGCGACCGAGACCUCCCGCCUGCGCGGGCGGCGGGACGAGCAGGAGACCUGCGACUCUUCGGCCACGUCGGGAGGGUCAGUUAGGACCAAGCAAACCUCUGGCAGGGAUGGCCAUGAGGACAAGCCAGCCUCAGGAGUGGAGAUCCUGCCUGCUGAGGGGGCUGGUGAAGAAAGUGGUCCAUUCCAAGAGGAGGAGGAGGAUGUUGCUGGCCUGUUGAGGGAGAUGGAUGCGGGGGAGAAGAAAGAGAAAAAUGAAGAGGCAGGUUGCCAGGGUGACCCAGCUGAACCAGAAAUGAACACUUUGGUCUUUGGUUUCAAGAACAAGAGGGAUAAGCCUUGCAAGGAGGUGGAGCCCGACUUCAUCAUCACAGAUGUCUUCUCCCUCAAGAACCACGUCAUGAAAAGCAGGGAAAUGGCCUCCCCAGACCUAGAUGCUAAGCCAAAGCAUUGCAAAGUGCCAAAGAAAUGCCUGGCCAGCAGUGGCAUCGUCAUGGAGCAGUGGAAGCUGGUGGCAAAUGGGCAAAGGAGGAACACACCUGAGGUCUCCCCACCUUGUACCGACAGCAACAUCAUCCCGUGCUACCCUCCUCCAGCCUACAGCGACUACCAUGAACCUCAGGGCCUCAACCUCUCACUGCUGGGUAUUAACUACCCAUUGAACCCCAGUCUAUUCUCCUACCUGAGCCCCACCAUGGCCAACAGCACUACAACACACCCACACUUGGCUCAGCUGCCCUUCCUGGCCUCCACGGCCCAGCUGAUGCACCCACAUGCCUCCCACUUCCAGCCUCUGCAGAGCGCCGAGCGCUCCGCCUUCCUUCCCCGUUUCUACUACCCUUUGCUCUUCGAGCACACCUUCGGCUCCACAGAAAGCAAGAUGUCCUCCAGCAAGCCAGAAGCCCAGCCACUGGUGGGCUCCGUCAUGCCCACACCACCCCAAGCCAAGGCCCCUGGUGAGCCAACCAAACCAGGGCUGCUGAAGGUACCAGUUCUGAAGACAAGUUUUCCCUGGUCCAAAGGGGUCAGAGAGGAGCCAGCCUCUGAGCUCAGCCUCCCCACCACGCUGGGGCAGGAAGAAGAGGAAAAAUGGUUGUCUCAAGAGAAGGACAGCAACCCAGCUUUGGGCCUCAACAACCUACGCAAAAAGCCAGCCACUGACAUCUACCAAAAUCUGGUGGGGAUGAAGGACAGCGCUUUUGCCCCCAGCAGCAUCCGGAAGACAGAGUUACCGGUGGUGACCUGCCUGGAGACCAGCAGUCCUCCAGGCAACCCCUUGAAGAGGAAGUUCACUGCCAAUGGGCUGGAUUUGAUAGGACCCGAAAGGCUGAUGCCUGGAAAACUCAGCUACCAGAGCAGUGGUUCAAGGGCCAACCCUGGCCACAUCCCCAAGGCCCUGGACCACUGGCACAUGGAGGUCCUCACAGGCCAGCCUGAGGAACCAGAGAGAGGCAGUGACACUGAAGUUCUUCCCUCUGUGGGUGCUGGCCUGGACCAUGGUCUCUGCAAGCAGAGCAGAUCCCAAGAGACUUCUGCCACCAUGACAGACCCUGAGGCCACGACCGUGCUUAUUGGGGACCUGUCCAAAACCUUAGAGGAGUACCAAGAAGUGGAGAAGAAACUGUCCGAUUUGGCAAAGGAGGACACUCCUGGGCAAAAAGAGCUGAGGGACCAGCUGGUCAAAAUCCGAAGGGAGCUCUACCACAUUCACCAGGCACUGGAGAAAGCCACCAAACCCCAUGAGGGGCCACUGGACCUCUCAGUGAAGAGAUCCUCUGAAGGUCUGGAGAAGAUCCAGCAGGCCAAGAAGGAGCCCUGCAACAUGAACCUGGGAAGUGAGAAGCUCCACGGCAAAGACCAAGGGGCCCUCAACAAGUGUACGGCCACCGGGGAGGCAGGAGACAUGGAGGGGCUGCCGAACUGCCUCCUCGAGGCCGAAAACAAAACCAUCGACCUGCUGAUCAAGAUGAGCCGCUCUGAGAGCCUCCGGGCAUCCUCCUCCGAGGCCCACCUGGGCGCUGUGAUCAAGGCUGAGGUCCUGCCACUCACCAUGCCCCUGGAGCUCCGGCACGUGAUGGAGCCCUACUACAGCCGUACCACCAAGUGUGAGGCAGACUCCAGCGUCCUGCUGUGCUCCGACAGCAGAUCCAGCACCACCCAGGCCCCCCAGCUCCCGGUCACCGCUGAGGAUGGGCCCCUGGGCUGCCGGGCCAUGCAGCGCUCCCUGUCCUGCAGCCUUCCCAGUGAGACAGACACAGUGUGUGUCCACAGCCCUCUGCAUGCCGACCCCUAA